AACUCCGCGAACUCCGCUGAUACAUAAAAAAUGGCGGCGCCCAUGGUCCGCCGUGGAAACUCAUACAAAAGUGAGGUUAAACCGGUUGCCGUUCGGUAGACAAUUUGUCAUCAAUUUUACAAUACAUUAAAUAACUAACGCUAAAUUUGUUUAUAUCUUGAAUAUGAGCAGCGUAAUAAGAAACGUGAUACAGCAAAAGAUUGCACAGAGUCUUCGUGAUACUUCGAAGCUCAACGAAAUAAUCGCUAAUCUGUGUAUUAAACGUGAAUCGAACGAAUUCGCGUUCUUCCUACCGUUGAAAACAAAACAUUACGAUAUACGAAAGGAAGCUGAGAUUAUUUCCAAAGAAAAUGGUUGUGAUAUUUUUGCAGAAAUCGGAAUUAAAAGUGAUGCAGUGCCUGUACUUGUGUUUGAGCUUUCUCGAGAAACACUGGUCAAGAAAAUUCUUGAAAAUAAUUUGAGAGACCCUUUGCCUCCCUGUAACUAUUGUGAUCCUCAAAAAAUUGUGGUUGAAUUCAGUUCCCCCAAUGUCGCAAAGCCUUUUCAUGUGGGCCAUUUGCGCUCUACUAUUAUCGGUAAUUACAUUACCAAUUUACAUGAUUUUCUUAACAAUCGUACAACAAAAAUCAAUUACUUGGGAGAUUGGGGCACACAGUUUGGCUACAUAGAACUUGGAAUCAAUUUGCUCAACCUGACUGAAGAUUCUCUCAAAUUAAACCCCAUAUCGCAGCUAUAUGAAGCUUACGUCUGUGCUAAUAGAGCUGGAGAAAACGACCCAAAUGUAGCUCAUAAAGCCAGAGAAAUCUUUGAGUCUCUGGAGAAAGGUGACCAAAAAAUUUCUGAAAAAUGGCAAAUCCUUAAAAAAUAUACUACACAAGAAUUGACCAAAACUUAUGGAAGAUUGGGAGUGCAGUUUGACGAGUAUCACUGGGAAUCCAUGUACGCUGCAGUGUUUAUCGAUCCAAUUAUUCAAAAAAUGGAUCAACUUGGACUCUUGAAAAUUGAUGCUGAAAAACGAAAAGUUAUAGCAAUUAACGAAAAGCGAAACGUUCCUAUCAUAAAAAGUGACGGCUCAACACUUUAUUUAACAAGAGAUAUUGCUGCUGCGAUCGAUCGAUAUGAAAAAUAUAAUUUUGAUCUGAUGUACUAUGUUGUGGAGAAUUCGCAAACCGACCAUUUUACAAAUUUAGUGAAUAUUCUGGACAAAAUGAAACAACCUUUUGCCAAUAAAAUUCAGCACGUUAAGUUUGGCAGAAUACGUGGAAUGAGCACGAGAAAAGGCACCGCUGUUUUUCUCAAUGAUAUUUUAAAUGAGGCUCGUGACGCUAUGCGAGACAAACAAAUCAAUUCGCUCACGACCAAAGUAUCACUUACCCCUGACGACAACAGCGCCGACAUCCUUGGAAUUUCAGCAGUCGUUAUUCACGAUUUGAAACAAAAGAGGCUUCGAGAUUAUGAUUUCAAUUGGAAUGUUGCACUGGACAUAAAAGGAGAAACUGGAGUAAAAUUACAAUACUGUCACUGCCGACUAGUGAAUUUGGAGGAGAAUUGUGAGACGAAACUGGCGAGUGAGUGCGACCCCUCAAUGCUGAGAGAACCAAUUGUGAACGAUCUCGUUACGAAAAUCGUUCAGUUCGACGAAGCAAUUAUUUCUUCGUAUCGUGCCCUGGAACCCUGUCAUCUAGUGAAAUAUCUUUUCGAGUUGAGUCACACAAUCAACAGGAGUUUGAGAGAACUCAAAGUCAAGGGUGAACCGGAAGACGUAGGCUCCCAAAGGUUACUUCUGUACCGAGUUUCAAGGAAUAUUCUAGCAAAAGGAAUGAAAUUACUUGGUCUCCGACCUCUCGAAAAAAUGUGAAAAGAAACCUGGAAAAAAAAAUGUUAUGUACAUAAGUGUAUGAAUAAAAUCGAUCAAGAUCAUCGAUUUGGGGCAAUCGGACGAUAA